UCCACUUCUAUCAGUGCUCUAUAUCAAAGUUUAGCCAUGGAGACUCUGUUUAGACGCGAAUCCUCUCAAUUUCUGGGCCCUGGUUCGGUUCCCAAAUCAUACGCACACAGCGUCAGCGGCGAGGCAGGGGGUGAAGGGACCAGGAUCGCUGUCUCCUACAGUGGCAGGGUCUCAGGCAGGUAUAACGAACAGUCCUUUGGGAAUGUUAAGGGACUGGUAGCCAUCGGGAGUGAGAAGGUCGCCAUGCAGCAACUGAAUGAGCGUCUGGCCAGCUACUUGGAGACCGUGAGAACUCUGGAGAAGGCCAACAGCAAGCUGGAGAUCAACAUAAGGGAGGCUCUCGAGAAAAGGGGCCCGUCGGAUGGGAAGGACUACAGCAAGUAUAAUGCUAUCAUUGGAGAUCUAAAAGUCAAGAUUUACGACAUGAUUAAGGGCAACGCACAACUUGCUAUUUCCCUUGACAACGCCAGCCUGGCCGCAGACGAUUUUAAGAUCAAGAUGCACUACGAGAUGUCCAUGCGUCAGGCCGUGGAAGCUGAUAUCGCAAGACUUCGUAAGCUACUGGAUGAUACCAACCUGAUACGUCUGCAUUUGGAGAGUGACAUCGAGUCACUAAAAGAAGAACUGAUUACCCUCAGGAAGACCCAUAAGAUGGAUGUUGCUGAAUUGCGUGCCCAGAUCACACAGGCCGGAGUCCAUGUGGAUGUUGAUGCCCCUAAAGGCCAAGACUUGGCCCGGAUCAUGAACGAGAUGAGGGCAAAGUAUGAGAAGAUCGUGUUGAAGAACCAGGAGGAAGCCAAAGCAUGGCACGAGUCCCAGAUGACAGAAGUGCAGGUCAAAGUAACUGAGAGUACCACAGCCCUAAAAGAGGCCACAACGGUCAUGUCUGAAACCAAGAGGAAGUAUCAGACAUUGGACAUUGAACUGCAGUCACAACGGAGCUUGUUGGCGUCCCUGAAGGCCACUCUAAGGGACGUAGAAAUGCGCUACAACGUGGAGAUGGAGAAGUACAACCUGAUACUCCUGAGGUUGCAAGAGCAGCUCACCGAACUACGUAAUGACAUUCUCAGAGACACAACAAAGUACCAGCACCUUCUCGACAUCAAAGUCAAACUGGAAGCUGAGAUCUUUGAAUACCGGAGGUUGUUGGAAGGAGAAGUCAACGUGAACAUUGACGUUGUGGACAAAAAGAAGACGGUCCAGACCCAAGUUCUGACAGUCACUCAGACUCUUGUGGACGGCAAAGUGGUGUCAGAGAGCAGGGAUGUCAAAUCCAGUCAACAAAAUGUUGUCUGAGUAAAAGCCCAAAGAAAGAAAUAUGGAAAUAAAA